GCCAAGUCAGCCAACAUUCCAUCCACUUGCGAAUGCGAUCGAUCGCGAGCAAGGUGUAGUUGUCUGUGGUAGUAAGCGCUCGGUGGGUUUGAAAAAUGGCUCUUUUCAGGAUUACAUCAACUAAAUUGGCAGAAAUACAGAAAGUAUGCCCAACAGCAUCGAUUCUGCUACGAGGUUUGAGUGCCGAGUCCACCAACCUCAAGAGCAUUCUGCAAGAAAAGAUCCCCAAAGAACAGGAAAAGAUCCGGGAGUUCCGUAAGAAACAUGGCAGCACUAAAGUUGGAGAGGUCACCGUGGACAUGAUGUACGGAGGCAUGCGUGGUAUCAAGGGUUUGGUAUGGGAGACAUCCGUGUUGGACCCUGAUGAGGGUAUCCGUUUCCGUGGCAUGUCUAUCCCUGAAUGCCAACAGGCCCUGCCCAAGGCCAAGGGAGGCGCUGAACCUCUUCCCGAAGGUCUUUUCUGGCUUCUCGUGACAGGAGACAUCCCAACCGAGGCUCAAGCUAAAGCCCUGUCCAAAGAGUGGGCACAAAGGGCUGAGCUGCCAGCACAUGUUGUCACCAUGCUCAACAACAUGCCGAGCAAGCUCCACCCCAUGUCACAGUUCUCGGCUGCCGUCACUGCCCUCAACAGCGAAUCUUCAUUCGCAAAGGCCUACUCAGAGGGUGUGCACAAAUCCAAAUAUUGGGAGUACGUUUACGAGGACUCGAUGAACUUGAUUGCCAAACUGCCCGUGAUUGCUGCCACCAUCUACCGCAACACGUACCGUGACGGAAAAGGCAUCGGCGCCAUCGAUGACAACAAGGAUUGGUCUGCCAACUACUGCACCAUGCUCGGUUUCGAGGACCCCCAGUUCACAGAGCUGAUGCGCCUGUACCUCACCAUUCACAGUGACCACGAGGGUGGCAACGUGUCUGCUCACACCACUCACUUGGUUGGUUCAGCUCUGAGCGACCCCUACCUCUCGUUUGCCGCGGGACUGAACGGUCUCGCUGGACCUCUUCAUGGUCUGGCUAACCAGGAGGUGCUUGUGUGGUUGGAGAAACUGCGUAAACAAGUUGGCGAUAACUUCACCGAGGAUGGACUCAAGGAGUUCAUUUGGAAGACCCUCAAGUCCGGACAGGUUGUUCCCGGAUAUGGUCAUGCUGUACUCAGGAAGACUGACCCCAGGUACACAUGCCAGCGUGAAUUCGCCCUGAAGCACUUGCCCAACGACCCACUGUUCAAACUUGUUGCCGCUGUGUACAAGGUGGUGCCCCCAAUCCUAACAGAGCUUGGCAAGGUCAAGAACCCGUGGCCCAAUGUGGACUCUCACUCUGGAGUCCUCUUACAGUAUUACGGACUGAAGGAGAUGAACUACUACACCGUGAUGUUCGGCGUGUCUCGCGCUCUCGGCGUCCUCGCUCAACUGAUCUGGUCUCGCGCACUCGGCCUUCCCAUUGAGCGACCCAAGUCUCUCAGCACUGACAUGCUGAUUAAGCAGCUGGGCAAGUAAUCGUAACACCGAACAAUAUAAGUUAAUUUGUUCAGGCUAGAUAAUAUGCUUCAAGUAGUUUAUUUAUGAAGGCCUGAACAGUAGUACCUACAGUUUGAUUCACACAUAACACCAUAGUCAAUUUAUGUAGUGAUACUUUCAAUGUUUUAUUUUUACCAAAAUAAUGUGUCAAAAUUAAAUCAUUUUACUUAUUUAUUUCAUUGUAGUAUUAAGUGUAAUUGAUGCAUUUUAUUUGCGUUGUUUUUAUAAUUAUUGUUGAGUAUAUUUUAUUAAUUUGUAAUUAUCACGAUUUACCACUGUACUUAUUUCUGUGAUGAAAAUAUUUGAUAUUUUGUACUGUAUAUAUUAGUUGUGGUAAUUAUUUGUAAUAUUUUUUAUUAUCUGGGGAUUUUGCUUUUUGACAAAUUGACUUAGUGGUGGUGUGACUCAACUGAAAAUUCCACGUAGCUGCCGAAAUACGAACUAAAAUAAAUAGAAAGAAGUUAGUUGGUCACUUAGGUCGUUUUACGUAGAACAUUCAUAACAAAUGUACUGUAUGCUGUGCAUACUGUCUUCUUAGGUGAAAUACGAUAUUCAUUUUGUCGUAAUAUUUAUAAAUCAUUUGCAUUAUAAUUUCAAAAUUGCAGCAAACUCAGUAUUGUUUUUUGUACUUAGGUUCAACGGUAGGGCAAUUAUGAGAGGUUUUGGAACAAAUGAUUUGUAGGUACUUAGGAGUGAUUGGUCAUCGUUGGUUUGUAGACAAUUACUGAGUGAGCUAAUUUUGCAUGCUGCAGCAAGUCUUUGUUCUUCAUUCUAAAUCAAUCUUUUUAGUUUUACUGUAAUUAAUUUCAAUUUACCAAAGUAUUUACGAGUCUAAUGUAGAUGCUUAAAUUUAAAAGGGAUCAUGUAAUUUUGACAGCCUAAAUUGAAGAUACGAUGUUAACUAAUAUCGUAGAGACAUUAUUGGAAGGAGUCGCAUCAUAUUGUCGCGUUGUUACAUCUCUAUAUGUAUUGUAUUUGCAAUAUGAUUAUGAGUAACAUAAUUAUUUAUAAUUGAAUGUGUAUUGGGUGCGUCGGAACAUGUUCCGAUAUUGUAUGAUCAUCGAUUUCUAGUAAUGACGGUGCGACGUCUUCAAAUCUUCACAAAACGAUACAAUAUUUGACAAUACUAAAAAUAAAGUGGUAUGGUGUAGUA